AGUGCUCUUUCUCAACAAAAGAAAAGUGCUCUUUCUCAACAGCAGAGAAUUAUCUCUCUCUCAAUCAUAUCCUCGACCAAAGUAACCUUCUUCGAAGCUGUGAGAGAGAGACGUUUAUCUCUGGUUUCCCUUAUCUCUCCGGUGGAUUCAGGACUGUGACCUGAACGUCAUUCGAUAAUAUGGAGGCAGUGGAUCAUCGAGGAUCACACUGACAGCAACUUACCGCAGCCGUUCGUCCAGGUUAGAUUAACCCUGCUAUGUAACACGUCCAUGUGGUUGUCUGGCCGACAGGUGUGGUAAAAUUGUUUGGAUUUUAAGAGAAGUCUAGCACACCACAAGUUUGAUGAAAUUCUCAUCGUAACACAACAAGCUAGUGUUGGGUUAUUGUAUUUUUUUUUCGUUUUUCUAAAAUUUCCUACUGUUUGAAGCACCUGAAUCAACUACAAACCAAUGUCGAGUUUAUUUUUAAUAGCUUAAUUCGUGUCUGUUUAAAAUGUGAAUAAUUUCCUUGGGAAUACUUGAAACUACCAAAAAAAAAGAACUUUACUUGGGAAUGGGGUAAGUCUUUUCCUUUUUCCCUCUUUAAAUUCGAAUUGGUUUUUCGAUUCUGAAAAAUAGUCUCUUUCUGGGUUUUGCGAACUUGCGUCUCUCUCAUUGUCGGGGUUCUGACGUUUCCAGUGCAGGUCACUCGCGUCUAUCUUCGUUUCACCCAUGUAUCUUCUGAGGAUGAGUUGCAUGCGUUUAGCCAGUUUGGUCGUGGAUGUGGUUGCCAUUUUUUUCUUUCCAAUUAUAUUUUGGAUCUCUAAUCUAUAUGUAUGUUAUUUAUAUGCUAAAUUUGGUUCAUUUUGGUCUUUUUCGGUGAAUGUUGAUAUCAGAUUUGGCUGUUAUCCACAUUCAUGUGGAGUAAAAAUUUCCAUGCCCAAUAAUUUUGCUUUUGUCAAUAGAGCAUCUAUACAUAAUUUUUGAAUUGUUAUGUACGUAGAUGACCUUCCUUGGAUUGUUACAAAUGCAAAUGGGCUGUGAUUGACUCUCUAUAGAGUGAGAGAAAGAGAGGGAUAUGGAUUUUGUGUUUGGAGGUUGCGUGCAACAAGCACAACAAGCUUAUCCGUCCAGGUGCAUGGAACUAAGAUGGGUUAGCAGCAGAAGGAAAAGAAUAAUUGACAAGGAAAAGAGAGCACUGCUGCCAAAGAAACCAUUAAUACCACCGGCAUUAGUCCCAAUAUAUGUAUCCACAAUCCCGUCGCACGUAAAUCCUGAGGAGCUGAAAGACCUCUAUAGUGCCUCCAAUCACUCCUGCCACCGAUUCCCCAGCUAUGUGGACUCUGAGGGCGCAGUCAGAGUUGAACCGGUGGACAUUCACAAGCUCAGCGUAGCUCUCUCCCACAGCUCUGUUGUCGUCUCUGUCUUCUGCAAACCAACUGAUGUUUUAUGUGCUACUGAAACGUGGUCCUCGUCGUCAGCUUCUUCUUCUGCUCCUCUAGAAGACUUGAUAAAACCAAGAAAGACAUUGGGUCUGGGAGAUUUGUUCCAAAAACUGCUGCCGGUAACACCAUCCAAUGGUCAGCUGGUGGGCUUUGGCCGUGCUGUUUCUGAUUUUGGAUUGACUGCUUCCAUUUAUGAUAUCAUGGUUAUCCCUUCAUUACGGGGAAUGGGAAUCGGCAGGAUUAUUGUUAAAAGAAUUGUAAGAAUGCUUGCAAGCAGUGACAUUAAUGACAUAUCAGCAGUUUGCUCAGAGAAUGAGAGGAUUGGUUUCAUUCACUAAACCAGAUCAGUCUUUACCUCUAACAAACUACGGCCUAUCCACACAUACACAAAUGGAAGAGGUUGAUAAUUGAUAUCAACAAUUCUCGUCAAAGAUGGAGUGGCAUUGUUUUUAUGAACAUUCUUUUAGUACUAGAAAAUUUUAUUUUCUUGACAAUUGCACGUUAUUGAGCAAUAUUUCCUAAACUAUUGAAUAAAAAAUUAUAUAUGUUAUAUCGGUACUCCUAUCGAUAUAUAUAAUAUUUUUAUUCAUCAAAAAUAAAUUGCGUGGGGUCUAGUCUCCACCCUCUUCUAUGCCCCUCUAUUCAUCCAGAAGAGGGUGGAGGAAAAAAAAAAAAAAACAAUCUAACAGACCUGAGUUUGAAGGUCCCCAUCCUUAAUCCACAUAUUCUGACAUUGAUUGAAACCAUGAUCUCUGCAAACAAAUCGGUUGUGAUGCAAUCUGUACAGAUAAGUUGUUAGAAAAUUGAAAAACUCGAAAUUGACAUAAAAAAAUUGUGAGAAUGUCAUGACAGGCCAAACUUAAAGUUCCCUUGUCAAGGCUGUAGGUCUCUCCUGUAUUACCACUGGAGAUUGGCCAUCUUGAAGUUAACAAGCAACAUAACCAUACAUGUCCAUAUUCUGUAUUGCAUGGCCAGAUAUUUUCCCAGUGUGACAGAUGAGCUAAAAGCUUGAGUUUGUAUUUCCUGUCUUGUUGAUCUCCCUAAAUGUUU